AGGGUCAGGUCGGUCCUACUCGUCAGUGACUCAAUAACUGCAGAGGAUCGUUGCGACCAGCGAGCGGACACCCCGGCCCCCGCACCCGCCCCGGACAACAGCGCGCAGGCCUGUGAAUUGCUUCCCUCUCCACGCGCACCUUCCCGCCUCCGCGCCCAGCCCAACCCCACCGUUGCCACGCCCACCUCCGGCGUCCACCUCGCGGUUCUCCGCUGCACAAUCCUCCGGAAGACUUCCCCAGUGCCCCUGCGACCCGUCUGCACACCUCCGCGGCUGCUCGCCCUCCUCUACCCAAACCCUAACCCUAGGUCCGCGCGCCGGUGAGGUACGUGUCAUCCUCCUUCACACGCCUUUUUUAGGCCCAAUUCGGCGCCCCAGGGUCUCGCCUGAGGCGUUGUUGGCCUCUGUGGGCAAUGGUUGUACGAGGCUGGAGCGUGCCCCACUGACUCGGCCACUCCUGGCAGGGGAACCUCUGGCUUAGGCUGGAGGUGAUGACCCCGUGCUUCAUUUUUAGUCUCUUCGGUGUCCAUGGGAUGCUCCAUCUCUCAGCUGCGGUCCUUCGCGCUGGAAGGAUACAUCUGUUUGCUGGUGCCAUCAGAAUGAACUGCCGCUUUCAGUGACAUGCAUGCGAUGCAUGCUUUUGCUUUUCUUCAAUGGUGAAUGCUGAGCCAUGCUCGAUGGGUGGAAUUAUGGAUUACGGUGUUGGUGUGGGCACCAAAUCUUCACCACGCAGUAUGGCCAUUGAGAAAGCUCAGGAGGAGCUCAGGCAGGAGUCUGAUGUUCGCGAUGAAUGGAGGAGAGAAUUGGAAUUUCUAGAGAAAGGAGGCAACCCAUUGGAUUUCAAUUUUGCACAUCUGGAAACGGUCGGUGUACACUCUGCUUCUCUCACAAAUCAAGUAGAAGCACAAACUGUGAUAAGUGACGCGAAAGGUAGUUUUUCUGCAUCACCUCUUGGAGAUUCGGUCGAGAGUACCGACAAACCAGGAGGUUCCAUGUGCCGCGAAACCAACACAGCAGACAAUCUUAUGCUUUUGGGUGGAGGUAAAAAUGACAUUGCAGAAGAAAAGGUUGUAAAAAGAGGAACCAAAAGAUUAAAUGCAGCACAACCCAAACAUUCAUUGCCCAGUGACGGUCACAAAAACACAAAAAAGCCUGCUGCUUCUGGUUUGUCACACCUCGGUGUCAAAAGCCAGGCAUAUGUUCGGCGCAACAGGUCAAAGCCAAGUAGGGAGAGCGGGAAUGUCACAUCUAUUAGAUCUUCUAUGAUCCCUGCUAAAGUCUAUGAGCCAAAUGAUGAAAAGGUUACAGCACAGAAAAACAAUGCAGACGAUCAUGGUGUAUUGUCCGUUUCUAGUAUAAAACAGUCUGGACCUAACCGUGACAUUGCACCAAAGAGUAUAGCUUCUGAUGACCAUGCAGCAAUGGAGCUGGAUGGCAUUCAAACAAUUCUCGAAAGUGAAUGUGUGGUGAACGACAAAGUAAACAAAGCUGGCAAUAAUAACAAAGCUAAACAGUUGUCAUCAAAUGACACAAAUCAUGAUCGUUUCCUUGUUGGGUGUGGUGAGAUAGCUGCUGAAGUUUCAUCUGCGGAAACCCCUGAUGCCAAUUUAAAAGUUGUUAUAAAGCCAUGUUAUUCUAGUGCAUCUACAUAUGAUGAGAAAGAGUCAUGUGCUGUUCACGAAAAGGCUGAUGAUGGACACCUGGAUGAAUGUAUGGCCCAUAUCCGUGAAGGGGAACUUGGUCACAGCAGGACACUUCCUUGUGUUGUAGAAGCUUCUACUUCACACAAUGAUGUAGUGGGCCCAUCUUGUGAAGGCACUGUGAAUAUUGUUGAUGAACAUGCAGAUGGGGACAUCAAUACUGUUGCAGGGAAGAUUGAUUCUCAUGAAGACCUAGAUAGUAGUAGACAUUCUAACAUGAUUCUCAAGGUAAGUGGCACAUCGAUAGAUUUCAGCAGGCCUGCUUCUUUGAAGGAAAGUUCUGAUCUUGUACGACCUGAAGCCAGUAAUAUUUCUCAUGUGAAAGAUGAAAUUGAAGUUUGUAACAGUGCAAUAGUUGCACAGAAAGACACAGAGUGCUUGUCUUCUGGCCGCAGCAUGAACAUUGAGGAAAGUCCAGUUUCGGUUAGGAAAAAUAGCUAUGUUGGGAAUUCAAACUCUGCACAUCCUAUAUCCGUAGGCAUCGAUUUGUCUGAUGCCUUGUCUCCACCAAAAAAUGAUGAAUCUAACGUGGAGAGUGAGAUUAAAAAAUAUGAGAACCUGAAUAAGAUGGAAAAGAAGGCCUAUGAAGAUUCUAUUCUUAAAAAUGCUCGCGUUAUAGAGGCAAAUAUUAAAAAGGCUGGUCAACGAUCUCCCUGUAACAUUGCUUUAGAGAAGAGGAGAAAGAGUCACUGGGAUUUUGUCCUUGAGGAGAUGACUUGGAUGGCUAAUGAUUUCAUGCAGGAACGACUUUGGAAAAGUGUGGCUGCAGCUCAGGUGUGCCAUUGGAUUGCCUCUGAUGCCCACGCCAAGUUUGAAAAAGCAAGCAUUCUGAAAAAGCAGAAAGCUGUUAUAAAGAUCAUUGCAAAGGGUAUCAUGAGUUUCUGGCGUUCAGCUGAGGCUUUACAGACUGCUGACAGGACAGCUAAAGUGAUGCCACACAAUUCAACUAUGCUGGAGGAGAUAGAUCCUUCGGGAGUCAAAGCAGGAAAAGAACAGGGUCACAAUUCACUGGAAGCGAAAGAAUCCAGCCAGCAACGGUCACAGAUUCAUGAUUAUGCAGUUCGAUUUCUUGAAUAUAAUAGAACAGCUGAUUUGCACGUGUUGCCUGAAGCUCCACCAACUCCUGACAGGCUGAAUGACUUUGGAGUCUUGAAAGUGUCUGAUCAUCUCUCAGAAGAAAGUCUCUUUUAUACAGUAGCAGCACCUGGUGCAGUGCUGGCAUACAGGGACUCUCUGGAAUCUCUUUUCAUGUAUCACAAGGCUCGCCUCCGCAAGAAGAGAAAUUUUAUCUCCAAAUUGGAGGAUGAGGGAAGGAUUGUCACCAACCAUGAGCAAAUGCAGGAAGUUUUGGAUGGUUUCUUUUCCAAUCUUUUGGGUUCUAUAGUUCAGAGACCAUUUACUCUUGAUCUGGAAGAUGGCAAUGCUGAGCUCAACGAUGACUAUGAGGCAUCUGCGUGUGAUUCUGUUGCAGUUUGUUCAGAUUUGCCCCAGGAGAAUGCAUACGAGGAGGAUGAAGGCGAGACAUGUACUUUUCUUUCUCCUAAAGCAUAUGUUGGUGGUUCCAUAUCGAAUAUGGUUCACAAGAAGAAACAUGUAAUGCCACAAAGGAUUAGCCUUGCUAGGCCAUAUGAAAUUGGUACCUAUGUGCCUUAUCAACCAUGCAUGGAAAGCAAGUCAAGGAACCAACCAUUGUUAUCAAAUGGCAAAAGACCUACUUCUUUCCUUGCAAUUCCUCCAAAGCGCACACGCACAGCUGCAAGGCAACAAGUUGUAAGCCCGUUUCAUGCUGGUGCUAGUGUACCGCCCCAAGAUUUCUCAAGUGGCAACACAAACUCCUACCAAGAUGAUCAAAGUUCAUUGCAUAGUGAGUCUUUGCCGUGGAGGAACAUGGAUUUUGAAUCUACAGUUGAUUCUGAUAGACAACUGCCUUAUGAUGCUGGUGAAAUGUGCACUAAAGUCAACAACAAGAAAAAACUGAAGAACUCAGGAUACAAAAUUGCUCAAAAUGCAGCCAAUUUGUAUGUGCCAACUUCUGCAAAGUUUCAGGGCCAUAUUUAUGAUCCAAGAAAGCAAAUGCAAGUUGACUUGGUUAAUAAAUAUGAGCAGGAAUAUCUCAAGAAGAGAACAGAUGUGCACCAAUAUGGUUCAAAUGGAAACAAAGUUGCAUAUGGUGGUCAACAUGCUUCUAAGAAGCUUAAAAUGGGGAAGCAAGGGAUAGAUAUUUCACAAGAAACUUCUGUUGCAUCACAGAUGAGCAACAUGGCACAUCCUGCUAGAUUUAUAAAGAUCAUUGCUAAUAGGGAUCGUGGGAGAAAAUGCAAAGCACUAAAGAUGACUUCUGGUGGAUGGUCAAACUUCGAGGAUCAGGCACUUGUUGUCCUUGUCCAUGAUAUGGGUCAAAACUGGGAACUAGUUAGUGACGCAAUCAACAACAUCGUGCAGUUCAAGUGUGUACAUAGGCAGCCUAAAGAGUGCAAGGAGCGCCACAAGGUUCUUUUGGAUAGAAGCUCUGGUGAUGGUGCUGACAGUGCAGAAGACUCUGGUUCAUCUCAGCAUUACCAUAAUACAUUGCCGGGCAUUCCAAAGGGUAGCGCAAGGCAAUUAUUUGAGCGACUUCAAGGACCAUUUGACGAAGAGAAUCUCAAGGCACAUUUUGAAAAAAUUAUACUACUCAUGCAACAAGUGCAUGCCAGACGUAGACAGGGUAAUCGCCAGGAGCUCAAGCCAAUCAUGCAGCCACAUAGUUCCCAUGUUAUCACACUUUCACAAGCAUGUCCGAACAACAUUUCUGGGUGCACUUUGACGCCCCUUGAUCUCUGUGAUGUAACAAACGAGAUAACACUGCCGAACCAUCAGGGUUCUGUUGGUCCUUCUACUCCUUCAAAUCUGAAUUCCAGGUUACCAGGGUCUCCUGCUAUGGUUUUGGGCAACAAUUCACCGUUCCCUUCAACAUUGAGUAGUCCUAGGGAUGCUCAGAAAUAUGGUGUUCCCAGACCUAUCUCUUUACAGGGUGAUGAGCAACCAAAGAUUCAGUAUAAUCAGAUGGUCAAUGACAGAAAUCUUCAUGAACCUGGAGUUUCUGCUCCUGGAACUACUCCUUCCGGGGUUGAUUGUGGUCCAGGUGCCCUCAUGAUGCCAUCUGCCCCUGCUAUGGGAACAGUGGCAGGACUAAAUCGAGGUAUGCCUGGUGCCAAGCCAGGCUUUCCAAGGAUUAGUUCACCAGUAAUGUUAAAUGCUGUUCCAUCUGGAAAUCUGUUUCCCAACAGUGGGCAAGGUGUGCUCAACACAGUAAAUGUCCAUCCUGGAGCCAUAUCUGGUCCUGGCAAUUCAAUCUUGAGGCCACAUGAUCCUAUGCAAACAUUUCGUCCUGGUCAGGGUAUGGAAGAGCAUAGGCAGAUGUCGGAGUUUGACAUGCCGGUUUCACAGGGAAGCGGCCAAGCCACUAUCCAGUUUAGCAGCAUGAAUUCAUCUUUCUCGAGUCCACCUGUUCAGCAACCCCAACGGCCACAUCAGAUGUCACAAUCGUUACACAUGUUUGGGAAUCCACACCAUUCUCAGAUCCAGGGAACUAGUUCAAGCUCACAACAGCAGGCAUAUGCUGUGCACUUGGCUAAAGAAAGACAAAUGCAACAGCAUAUGGCACCUCAACAGCAUAGUGAUCUUUCUGGAGCAAGUGCAGUACCCAAUGUGCAGAGUAAUACUCAAACAUUGCAGCAGGGCCAAACCUCAUCUGCCAAUUCAGCCCCUUGUUCAAAAUCACAGCAUCAGCGACAGCAAGCGGCACAAAAUCUGCCGGAUAGCUCUUCAUCUCCCAACCAACCUGCCACUUUUACACAACAGAAGCAGAAGAAACAACAGGAACAACAGCAGUCUAGACAAAAUGAGCCACAAAGGAACCGUGGCAGUCAACAAGCUAAGCUUAUGAAGAGUUUAGGACGAGGAAACAUGAUGGCCCAGACUCCUCCAAUUGACUGCACACCAACCAAUGCUGCUUCUACUCCAUCAAAAAACCAUGUGUCUGAAAAACUGGUGCAACAUGGCCAAGGACAUUUCCCUGCCAAUACAACACCAGUACCGUCAAUGCCUCAACCUAGGCUAGUCACUUCGUUGCCUCAGUCACCAACGAAGGUGGCAGACAUUGGUAACCAAGGUUUAAAAAAGGGUGGUUCUUUGAGUCAGGCCAUGUUAGCUUUGCAACAACCUCCACAUGGUUCUAAAUCGACAUUGACCACUCAGCUGCAGCAGCGGCAGGUCAAUCCGCCACAGAACAACAAUGGGAGAGCAGUGGUGCAACAGAACCGCCAAAUGAACUCUGACUGUAGGACAGACUUGCACGUCGGUCAGGUCCGUCACAAUCAGAUGGUUCCAACAUCCAUGCCACAGAGUGCAGAUUCGUGUAGCCCUGUACUGUCAUCUGUAAACCAGCAGAAGCGUGAGCCAUCGCUCAAUCAGACUUCAGUUACCUCGCCGUCUAACCUGCUUAGGUCUCCUAAAGAUACUUCUUUUGGGUAGCCAAGACAUGCUACAAAGGCAAGUUUUCAGGUGGCUUCCCUAUACAGGCUCAUGGUGUUGGUGACCAGUGGAACCAACAUGGCAGAGAGCAAUUGCAGUCUCAGCAUCAGCAGAGACAACCGGUUGUUCAAGGCAGUGCAUAUGCUCCUUCAAAUUCUGGGCCUGGCUGAUCAUUAAUUAUUUCAGGUUUGUAGGUUUGAGAUAGCGAGCUUUCUUUCCAUUGUAAAGUUACUGUGCAGGUACGUGAUUUGCAUUAUUUCAGGUUUUAAUGUGAGCUAGAUUAGGUAAUUUAAUUGUUCGUGUUUAAUCUUACCUGAAGUGGGGAUAGGUUGCAGUCUAGUAGAAUGUAGAAACACUGCUUCCACUUCUUUAGCGGGCACUGCACUUGUGUCUGUCGCUUCUGCGUGGGACGAGCACGCUGCCAUCUCUUACGCGAGUCCAAGAGGUGGUCUCUGCACACCUGAUAUGUUCCUUUUGUAUCCUCGUAGAUCAUAGUAUAUGUGUUUGUACAAGUUAAAACAACUCCCGCCCAUGAAUGAAUUGGUACUCUAUCUAUCCGUUUGGUUACCUGCAUCAUGUAGUUCUGAGCUACCGUUUGUGUUGACUUUAUUUGAGAUUCUGUUUGGUUGAUUGUAUGUUCGAGAUGUAUAUCGUAUGAGUAGAUGCAAAAUAAGUGAUUUUGGUUGCAUACGUUUAAAAUGUAAUUAUGCAGCCGGCCAUGAUAUAUUGAGUUAAGGUUCCAAAAUGUAUUGGGUGUCAUGCAAUGCUCCAGCACGUUUGCUAGUUUAUUUGACUCGGUUCUUCAUGUAGAGUAGCAUCUUCGGAGUUUUUAAUAAAAUGUUUUAGCAAGAAAAGGCACUAAUUGUAGUUUUGUAAUAAUUUGUGUUAAGUUUGAGUAGUUAGGAAAAGCAACAUUUUAAUGGCUCCGGCUCCUCUUGAUGGUUCCUGCUCCGUGUUAAUUGCAGGAGUCAUUUUUUCUUUUCCUUGCAGGAUUCGUUUUUCUUAUUCAAGUGACAGUUUGACAAAGUUCAUUAAGAGCCAGAGUCGGAUGAGGGACUGUAUGGCUGCAUGGAUGCAUGGACCAGGAUGGCCCAUGAGACCAGGCCAGGCGAAGCCAUAUUUUUUAGGGUCCUUUGUUUCAUUGGGGCCCUAGAUUAGCCUGAUUUACCCGUUUGAUCUAUGGAUUUACCUCCCGUAUCGAGGUCGAGAUGCACAUUAGUUUCCAUGAGUGUCUUGAUCGGCUUGACAUCCUUCAUCCCAAACUUGAUGAGUAUGUCUUGAAUGUAUUUCGUUUGACUGAUGAAAGUGCCCUUUUGAAGUUGCUUUA